CACACCUUCUCGACACACUUAGCCAAGUAGUUUCUUACUUGGAUUUGAGUGUCCUGUCUGAGGCGCUGCAAUCAUGAGCGUCCAGCAGCGCACCGCUGAUCCCAAGUCUGAUAUGAGGUUUGCAAGCUUUCGGGUGCCCGACCAUCCGUCCGAAGCCUCCUUCGAGGAUCUGGAGGCCGGGAACAGUGAGGACAUGGAGGGGAACAUCAGUGAAGAGUCUGCAGACCUCAAUGCCGAAGGAGGAAUGACAGUCGCGUUCAAGGAUCUUUCCUACGAGGUGUGGAACAGCGCAAACAAGAAACAGAGACUAAAGUUGCUGACGGUCGUGUCUGGGUUCAUGCCUCCUGGCCACUUGUCCGCCCUGAUGGGACCAUCAGGAUCUUCAAAGACCACCCUGCUCGAUGUCCUGGCUGGGAGGAAAACGGUGGGCACCAUUUCCGGCAAGAUUCUCUUUGCUGGACAGCACGCCACGCGCACCUUCCUCAGACGCUACACCGGCUAUGUGGAGCAGUUUGACACGCUGCUGGACAACCUGACGGUGUACGAGAUGCUGGCGUACACCUCGGAGCUGAAGAACCCGAUGUCGGAGCCCUUUGAGAAGAAGCGCGCCAAGGUGGAGAUGGUCAUCAACCAGCUCGGCCUCAAUGGCUGCCGCGGUGUGCGCAUCGGCAACCCUCUCGCCAGGGGUAUCUCAGGUGGGCAGUGCAAGCGUGUGAACAUUGGCAUUGCGCUGGUGACCAACCCCCGGGUGCUAUUCCUGGACGAGCCCACAUCUGGCCUGGACUCAUACACAUCCAACGAGGUGAUGACAGUGGUGAAGGGCCUGACAAAGACGGGCAUCACCAUCUGCGCAACCAUCCACAACCCCACGCCCUACUGCUUCAACCUCUUUGACCGCCUCAUGAUCCUGCUGCACGGCCGCGUCGUCUACUCUGGAGAGAACGGUCCCGGCGCGGUGCGGUACUUUGAGCAGUUCCCAGGCGUGAAGCCUUUUGGGCACCGGGGCUCCUUCCACAACAAGGCGGAGUGGAUUGUGGACCUGACGACGCGCGCGGACCGCGAGGGCAAGCACGCUGAGUACGCCGACCGCUACGACGCGAGUGACCUCAAGGCCGCCAACCUCAAGGAGCUUGACCUACAGCUCGACCGCGGCUACCGGGUGUCGGAUGAGCAGAUGAAGGAGCUGGCGGUGCGGCGCGAGACCACCAACCCCUGGUACUGGGGCGUGCGCACCCUCAUCAAGUGGCGCGCGACGAAGGACUUCCGGGACGUGACAUUCCUGGGCCCGCGCAUUGUGGACAAGCUGGUUCUGGCCCUGAUCAUCAUGACGCUGUACUGGAAGGUGGGCGACAACCAUAAGCUGUCCAACUACAACAACCUGGCCGCCGUGCUGUUCUUGUGGACCAUCCUGCCCGGCUACGCAGCCGCCGCCUUCAUCCCGACCAUCGUCCUUGAGCGGCCGCUCUUUGUCAGGGAACGGAAUGAUGGGUUGUAUCGACCAAUCACGUACGUAAUAUUCAAGAUGAUGGAGGAGAUCAGCAUCACCCUCGUCAAUUCCCUGGUCUUUUCGGCCAUCGUGUUCUUCCCCCUCAAGCUCACCGGAGACUUCAUCAUCUUUUGGCUCAUCUUCUUGACCACUACCGCCAUCGGCAUCGUGCUCGCCUAUGCCAUUGCAUCGGUGUCCCCCAACAUGGACGUGGCCAACGCGGCGCUGCCUGCGUACGUCACCAGUCUGCUCUUCUUCGUCGGCCUGCUACUGCGCAUCCAGGAUCAGCCGGCCUACUGGAAGUGGUACGGCUACAUUGACUUCUUGAAGUAUGCGUGGAGCGCGCAGAUGAUCAAUCAGUUUGAGACUUCCCACACGCGCGUGCUGGAGGGUCUUACGGUCUUGGAGUUCUAUGGGUUGGAAAAGCAGAACAAGUGGGCCCAGCUGGGUUAUGAGUCACUCUUCUUCAUUGGCUUCACAAUCCUUGCCUGGGCGGCACUGGCAUUUGUCAGCCACCAGAAGCGCUAAGGAGCACUUUGGCGAGACCUGCUGCACAGUUGCAAUGUUGCAGCAGAUCGUUCCUGGGAAAUGGCUGGCUCCUGAAAAGGAGGGGCAGAGAGGAUAAGAGGCAGCUGCAUCCGAGUCACAAUGCUUUGCUGCGCGCACCAGAGAGACAGCAUCAGCAGCGUGGAAUCUUGCAAAUCAAAUUUGAUUCUUCUGUGGUUUUCCAUGUGUGACCACCACCUUUAUGAAUUUCGUUGGUCAGAACACAGAGAAUAGAAAACAGUGUCAAGAAAAGACUGAAGAGCAUGGACAAGGCCUGUGUCACUCCCACAGAAUGCAGAGAAGGGCCUGUGCAUUUGCUGCCCAGACAUGAAGAUAGCGAAUUUGGCGUGCCCAGAGGCAACUAUAAAGGAUGUGGCGUGUAGCUUCGUACGGCACGCAGAAGGCAACCUUUUUUGGAGUAGUAAGUGGUGUUACAAAGUGCAUGUGUACUCAUUUAGGAUAAAUUAGAGCAUGCCGGGUUCUGGUCUGUAUGUACAUCCAAGCUAUGCCUCUGGGCAGUUCUUCCUUUUUCACAGUAUGUUGCUCUUCAGUCUCUGUAGUUUGUCGAUGCAUACCUAUGUUGCAUAGCUUGCUAUCUGCCCCUCACAAUACACGUGACAACGCUAUAUGUAAGAUCUAUUACUCAAC